UAAUGGCUCAGUAAUUUACUUCCAAGUGUGUCUGCUUCUACUACAGUCAGAGUUCCCUCAGUUUUGCGAGAUACUUUGAUGACAGAUCCCUGUUCAUAGCGACGAUAAAGACCAUGGCAGAGCAACAAGAGAAUUUGGCCGCUGUACUCCACAAAAAAGAUGACAUUCGUAUAGAAAAUAGGCCAAUUCCAGAGCCUGGAGAGAAUGAGGUGCUCCUAAGAAUGUCAUGUGUGGGAAUAUGUGGUUCUGAUGUCCAUUAUGUACAGCAUGGCCGGAUUGGAGACUACAUAGUGAAGAAACCUAUAGUUCUUGGCCAUGAAGGAGCAGGAGUUGUCAUUAAACUUGGAUCUGGUGUUAAAAAUCUAAAAGUUGGUGACCGUGUUGCUGUGGAGCCAAGUAUUCCAUGCAGAAGAUGUUACUAUUGUAAGCAUGGAAGGUACAAUUUAUGUACAGAUAUGUCCUACUGUGCAACACCACCUGAUGAUGGAAAUCUUCUUUAUUAUUACAAGCAUCCAUCUGAUUUCUGUCAUAGGUAUGCAAACUUAAUAUAUGAAGCUCAAUUUUUAAUUUUAGGAUUUGCUAGAAUUUUAUACUUGAAGGUGCUUAUGACAGAUGUUGUUGCUCAUCGGCUUGAGAUGGCAAAGACAUUUGGUGCAGACUACACACUUCAAGUCUUCCCUGGUGAAAGUGUAGUGCAACAGUCAGCUAAGAUAUGCUCCCUGCUGACUAAGGCUCCAGAUAUCACUAUUGACUGUUGUGGAAUAGAAUCUACAGUCAGACUGGGCUUAGAGGCAACUUGCACUGGUGGAAAACUGGUUAUUGUUGGAUUGGGUGGUAGCCCCAUGAAGCUUGAGCUUGGGAGAGGAAUAUUUCGAGAAGUUGACGUUUGUGGUGUGUUUCGUUUUUGCAAUGUGUAUCCUGCGUCUCUGGCUUUAGUUGCUUCUCAGAAGAUAAAUGUUAAGGCUCUGAUUACUCAUAACUUCCAUUUAAAGGACACAAUUAAAGCAUUUGAGACUGCUAUAUCUGGAGAUGGCAAUCCAAUUAAAAUCAUGAUUCACUGUAAUUAAUAUCUUACUCAGUUUGAAACUAAUCUGUUACUGCCAUUAUAUUACAUUAAUCCCCUAACACUAGGCACUGCAAAUUUGCAUCACACAAAUGUGAUUCUAAUAAGUGGAAGGGCGACUGUUUCUGAGCACCAGUGCUGAUAAGUGUAUAUUCUAUAUGCAACUACCAACACUUCUGAUGUGUGCUGCCACCUCCUGAAUGUUUUGGGUACUUCUAGAGUGACGUAAUAUUUUGUUUUUUUCCUUCCAUGAUGAAACUUAUUCAGGUAUGAAGGCAUUAGUACAGUUGCUGUAUUAUAAUAAUCCUUUAUUAAAACAGU